GCGGUGACCUCGGUGCGCGCCCCGAGCCCCCGGCUCCCGGCCUGCUCUCCGGCCCCCGGCCCGCGCCCCGGCCGCCAGCAUGGUGCUGCUGGCCGGGCCCGGGCCGGAGGGCGGCGGGGCGCGCCGCGUGUCCCCGCAGCCGCCGUCACCACCCCGGGACGCGGAGGCCGGGGAGGACCCAGCUGACUACGAGGAGUACGAGGACUUCUCGCGUCUGCCCGACACCCGCAGCAUCGCCUCGGACGACUCCUUCUACCCUUCCGGAGGCGAGGAGGAGUACAGCUCCGUGAGCGCGGAGAGCGUCCCGGAGGCCGUCCCGGAGGCGGCGACCCUCCUGCGCGCUGCCUGCGCCAACGACGUGGGGCUGCUGAAGGCGCUGGUGCAGCGGGGGCCCAGCGCCGCGGAGGUGCAGGAGACCGAUCGCAACGGCCGGACUGGCCUUAUUGUCGCCUGCUACCACGGCUUUGUGGAUACUGUGGUGGUCUUAGCAGAGUGCCCCCAUGUUGAUGUCAACUGGCAGGACAGCGAGGGGAACACGGCGCUAAUCACGGCUGCACAGGCAGGACACAUCACCAUCACCAACUACUUGUUGAACUACUUCCCUGGUCUUGAUCUUGAAAGGAGGAACGCGUUUGGGUUCACGGCCCUGAUGAAAGCCGCCAUGCAGGGCCGAACGGAGUGCAUCCGAGCCCUGAUGCUAGCAGGGGCAGAUGUCCACGCCAGGGACCCCCGCCGCGGGAUGUCGCCCCAGGAGUGGGCUGCUUACACGGGACGGUUUGAAGCGGUCCGCGUCAUCCAGAGGCUGCUGGAGCGACCCUGCCCAGAGCAGUUUGGGGAAAAGUACAAGCCAGAGCUGCCGCUGGCCCCCGAGGCGGGUGCGAAGCCUGCGGGCUCCAAGAACUGCUUGCAGCGGUUCGCCGAGUUUGUGCGGUCCACGCUGACCUCCCGCUCGCGCCAAGGCCUGGAGGAUGGGGGCGUCCUGGACCACAUGGUCGGGAUGACCACGAGCCUCCACAGCCCCGCGGUGGCCAUCGUCUGCCAGACCGUGUGCCCCGAGAACCCCCCCUGUGUGGGGAAAAGGCGGCUGGCGGUGCAGGAAAUCCUGGCGGCUCGGGGGGACCCGGACGCGCACGCCCAGGAGAGGGACAAGGCGGAGGGCGCGGAGCAGCAAUUCCGGACCUCCCAGGCCGCCGGGGUCUCCAGAGAGGGGGCCCCCAGAGCCAGCCUCACGUCUUCCCAGCUGCCGGCUGCCUCGCGGAGGGCCAGCCUCCUGCCCCUGCAGCUGCUGCGGCGGAGCAGCGUGCGGCCGGGCGUGGUCAUCCCCAAGGUGCGCAUCAGCAAGGCGCCCGCGCCCACCUUCCAGCCCGAGCGGGCGGCGAAGGGCAGCACCAAGGACAGCACCCACUUGCAGCUCCCCAAGUGGCGGUACAAGGAGGCCAAGGAGGAAAAAAGGAAGGCGGAAGAGGCAGAGAAGCAGCGGUUGGCGGCGGCACAGAAGGAAAAGCGGGCACCGUCCUGGAGGAAGAGGACGUGAGGGGGUGUGUGUCCGGCGCGGGAGAGCCCGGCCGGGGAUGCGAUGCUGCCCGGAGCCCCAGAGAGGGAGGCGGGGAGGCUGUGGGGCCUCCUCUCUAGGGAGGAAGCGCCUCCGCCUCGCCCUUGCUUUCUAGGCACCGCACAUCCCUGGCCCGCAGGCUCCUUCGGGCGCCCCGGAAACAUUCGUGUUUGUUCCAGCUGCACUGAAGAGUGAAUUGAGCAUAGCACUAAUCGAUUUGCCUAAAACCAGUUCCCUUAGCAAUCAAUCCACUUAGUGGGCAUUUAACCCAAAAGUCUACCUUUAGAACUUCAGUUAAGAAAGUUUUAAGGCCAAUUUAUCAAAAGGGCAUUUUCUGUAUCAUUUUGUAUUUUUGAUCACAGUCAAAUUUGCAGCACUUUACCAGUUGAUGGGGCUCUUUGUGUUUAUGAUGGUUUUAAUGCAUUUGUCUGAAGACCCUUUGUUUAAAGUACUGUUUCUAGCAAUAAUUAUUUGUGGUAUCUCUAUGAUGUCACAGAAUGUGUGGCAUUCUCCGCCCUUUUGCUGUUUGUUUGGGUCUUUGCCUUUCUAUCCCAUGUAGGUGCCCAUGAGCACUGCGUGUUCUUAGUUGGAUUAAGUGAUGCUGAAUAUUUCUUUCUCUUUGGCGGAGGCAUUAACUUUAUAGCAAAAUGAUCAAGUAAGAUAGAGGGAUCAGAUUCCCUUGUAUCUUAUUUUUUAAGUUCUCUUGUACAUCCAGUGGUAAAAAUGAAGAAAACCCAGUUGUCAAAGUAUGAGACUUCAUAGAGAAGCAUGUAUUUAUUGCUAGAACUAAACUCAUUUUAAACAAGGGAUUUUAGAUACACUGCAUACAACAUCUUGAACAUAUUCAAAAAUAGAUAUGAGGGAAAAAGUAUUUAAGAAAAUGGGGGAAAAUCUAAUAAGUUAUUACUAGAAAUACAAAAUUAUAUGCUCUUAGAUAAGUUGGAUUCAGAUAUCCUUAAAAUGUUAAAAAGAUGCAAAAAAAACCCCAUAAGGAACCCAGAGUUCUGCAAACUACUAACAUGGGGGCGGGGCAGGCAUAAAUUUUUAGCGAAAUAGGGAUUAGAACUGAAUAUCAAGCCAACAUGUUUUAGGCAGGUUCUCCUGGAGUGAGCUGGGUUGCUUCCUCCUCCUGACUCAAUUCCAUGGAAUCCCUGGUGUGAAACUGCUUUUCUUUUUCCUUUGAUGACUGCCCCUGAUGCUCAGUUCACCCUCAUGCCGACUUUGUAGAAUUUCCAAGGUGUGGGGACUUUGGCAGAGCACAUAUGUGAUUUGCCCUGGGCCCUGAGCUCUCCGCGGGAGUUUUCUGUCCAUACUUUUUAUCUCCAAAGCACUGAGAAAUUCUGAUGAAUCUCUGGCCAUCUGGGUUGCAGAGUAUCUCUCACAUAUGCACUACCAACAGCACUUUAUUUAAAUAUUAUCCUGCUUAGAAGCCAUAGAUUUAAAAUAUUACAGACCAAUUUGGAAGCUCUUUAUUAUAACCCUGGAUUCUCCUGGGAAAUCGUGCUCCCUGACUCUGUGGUGACGAGCACCCAUCUGUCUCAUGAUGUGGGCGGGGCGGCGCUGGCUCCCCCCCUCCCCCUCCCACCACCAGACAUUGAGCAUAUCACACUCACCUCUCCAAAAACCCCAAUAAACAGACCAUCAGGCUGCACCCAGACUGAUUGGAGACAGGUGUGACAGCUUGUGAAGUCAGAUUUUAGUGAGUUCCUCCCUCAUCCCAGAAGGGCACAAGAAGGGCUCAGAAGGCUGGACCCACUUUAAGCAUCACUGAUAUAGCUGGCUGUGGGUCACCCUUGUGCCUAAGUCCGCUUGGAUGAGAGGAGGGCUGGUCUCCGAGGUGGAGAGAAACACCCGCCUCCCUGAAGUCCAGUCCACAUCCUUUGAGAUUUUUCGUGUGUAUAUAUUUUCAUUGCUUUGAGUGGUUGGCUGUGCUUUUCUCACCAAGGCGUCACCCCUUUCCCCUCCUCCAGUGUUGGUCCGGGUUGGGGCAGUGAUGAGCAGUGUUGCCCCAGCUCUCUCACUACAUGUUUCCUGCUGGCCCCUUUGCCUCCUUUUUUCCUUACUUGCUUUUUCUUUGUUUUGCCUAUUUUCUGCUCCAGAUUUGGUUAAAUGCCUUGAUCAUCCCAGGCAUACAACCACUACUCUGAGGUCUAAAACGCGCAGAAACGCAAGGCAGUCAUGAGAGAUCAACAGUGUCCCUGUGGAAUUACUGUGUCGUGCCCUCCGAACACCCAGGAGUGAAUGAACGGCAGGUUUUGCCAGCUGCUUCUGUGCAGAAUUUUGGCACAGUCCCCCCCACCUCCACCCCCACAUCCCCCCUUUUUUUUCUUUAGGGAGGGAAACUUGGUUUGCUCUGCUGACAGAUGACAGCGCCGCCCUGCUGUACAGAGCGGGGAGGGUGCGGUGUCUGCUUGCAGUCCUGGUGUUUAUUGACUGUAAAUAGUGAAUUUCAACUUGACAGGUACCUUCUCAGGGAUUUAUAUAUAAACAUAGUUAGGGGGAAGUUGAAGUAUAUUUUAAUACAUUUUAGCAAUUGAGUGAGUUAUGAUUACACUAUAUAGAAGAUGUAUUUCUGAGACCAUGUCAAUGCUGCUGUUUUCUGGGGAGAUACCUGGGAAUCCCCCUUCACGUUGAGAUUUCGUGAUUAUCAGAAACUCGGGACUCUGGCAGUUGAAGUGGCUUUGGAGUGGAUGUGAAGUCACUUCAGUGCCUCUCAGUGGCCUCUUGUGGAUGUGAACCCUGCAUUUAAAAAAAAAUUCAACCUCUACGUAUGUAGAGAUGGCUGUGACAACACAAAUGGACCAUUCAUCACCUUUACCUCUAGAACUGGUUCCUCCCCACCUGAUCCAGGGCUGUGUGGUGUGAGAAUGACAGUGUUUUCUAUCUGCUUAUAUGAAUCACACGUUCUACAGUCAGCCCAGCGCCAGGCUCACCGCUGGCAGCAGGGAGGGGAAAGCUGGAAUGACCAUGGUGUUCAGAGACUUUCCAUGUCUUUGGCUACAUUCGAGAAAUGCAACACAUGACAUUAUGGACCCUUGUGACUUUUUCUGCAGCGCCUCCCCACAAGUUCCUGGCAGCACUAGAUGUUGCAGAAAUAGGAUCGGAAAUUGCAGUAGUUCGUCAUCUCAACUGCAGGCACGCCUGCGGCUCGCUCCUUCUGUGGUGGGUGAUAGAGUUCGUGAUGUCAGUUGAAACGUGGGAUUUGUGGACGUGGGGGGCCCGUCCAGGCUGCCUCUGCCCGCUUCCUUCGGUGCUGUCAGUGGGGGACCAGGUCUCUGGAAAUCCCCUGUCUGAGUGGAGAUGAGGCUGUUAUCUGUGAAACUGAAUCCCGUGAGGGGCCCAAUCCUGAAGUGGACGUGGAACCUGCUGUCUCUAAGGGAAGACUCACAGGUACCGAGUUAUUGUGAAGAAAAGCAUCCCUGAGAGGUCAAUAAGUGAGCCAAGACUAAGAAGUAGGGAUGAUCUGUGUCUUGCAGCCUCUGGCAGGAGCACUGUAUUCCGCAUCCCCCUCCCCCCACCCCAAUCCACACUACAAGACAAAAGACCGUUUUUUCAUCAUUCACCGGAGCUUGCUUUGCAAAAUGAAUUCUAGCCCUGAUGGACGUCAGGUGCAAUGCUUACCCCCAGGUUUGCCUUGGAGACCCAUGCUCUCUCCUUUCCCAUCCUGAUACAAUGUAAGUAUUCCCUGCAGUGGGGAGAUUUAUCAGGAACUAGUAUAAGCUCUUAGUCAGCCUCAGUCUUUUUAGGAGGAGGUGCUGCACUUUUUCUUCUUUACAGUAUUCGGAGAAAUUCUAACACACUACCCAAGUAUUUGCUUGUGAGCCUUUUCAUCCCACGUGGGUAACUGCUUGGAAUCUGCAUUCGGCUGUGGUUGCCCGGCUCACAGCAUCGCUGGUCGGUGUGUUUGGUCCUUGGUUUCCGCAGCAGCAGGCUCACGCUGGGCCCCUUUCAGCAGGGCCUGGCAGACCACGGGCUUCUAGGGAAGGAAAAGGCAGAAGAUGCAUCAUGACCGAUCCUUGUAAAAGAGCCAAGUCCCAUUUACGGCAACAGCUGGCACUGGAUCCAUAAUCCUGGCAGCGGGGGUGCUGUGGCCACCAAGAACUCACAACAGAACAGCUCUUCCUGAAGCGCUGGUUGCCAUCCUCUCGAUGCAUUUACAGUUUGUUUCAAACAUCUUGAAUCAGCUACUCGUGGCUGUGCCCUUGAAUUCACGUUUCUUCAUUAACAUUUAAAAUCAGCCGCUAAAAAAUUCCUCUGGAGGUUUUGGGUUUUUUUUUUUUUCCCCUAAGAAAUAGAAAAAAAAAAACCCAGAAAACUACCACUGCCUGACUUGAUUUAGCUCAUUUUUGAGGGACUCAGGUGAAUGCCAGGGCUGUGUGUACAGUCUCUCUCUACCUGACCCCGCCGGAAACAGGGCUCAUGUGAAAGGCACAGCCCUGCGGUGCUCUGACGGCUGCAAGGGGAGGUGCGUGAUGUGGUGUGAUGUCAGUGCACGCGCGUGCCUGUGUGCGCACACACACACACACACACAAACUGGAAGGAGUUCAGGUUUUGUGCUCACAAAGGGGACUGCCACUGCGGCUUCCAGGUCAUGUCUUGUGGGACCUGCUUUGGUGGCGUGUCGUGGAGGAUGGGACAGCCCAAGACCCCCACCGGGAGCACUCCAGUGUGUCCAGUGUGACACAGAACACAGCCAGCGUGUCAUCACCCAGGUCUUCUUGUUGACAGGUGGUGUUGGCCUGGGUGGCUCAUAUAGGAGCUCCUGUGUGAGGUUGUGUAGCCAGGCCUGGGACAUCUCUCUGCUAUUGACUGCAUCCAUGGCGUGGAGGGGCGGAAUCCAGAGGGGGUGCUUGGGGAGCUCCACCAGGCGUUCAGCCCAUGGUGGCAGAGUGGUUUGGUACCAGGCUAACCAAAGAAUCAGCAUCUUACCCUGAGGAGGCAUUGAGGUUUUCCCAAGUCUGCCCAAGUAUUAGUACUCUAGUUCAUCAACGCUAACACAGUUUGGUUUUUGAGAGAAUCAUUUCAUCGUAAUGGGACAACGUUAUAUUGUUUUUGAAGAAAAUGUAGAGGAGAAACAAAAUGAAGGCGGCUGUUGCAGGCACAGCAGUGGCCUGUGUUGAUUUGAUACUCUCUGAAAUUUUGGGAGGUCGCAUUGAAGCACUUUAACACCAGUUUUUGAGCAGAAGUUCUAGAAGCUGGUUUGGAACCUCGCAGCUCUGUCAAACUGGGUGAAAACCAGAAAAGGAUGCUAUAAACCUCCCGAUGUUACCAGCAACCCUGUGAGCCCUUGGGCCAUCCUGAGGAAUUUGAAUAAUAGACCCCAUUCAAACAAACAGGCAAAGCUAAUCUCAUCGCAGUUCUUUUCAUUCAGCUCUUUGUUCUGCCUGGCUUGUACUGGGUGUCUGAGAAUGUGUGUUUUUAACAAGGGUGACUAAGAGCUGUAUGGACUUUGCACAAGUGCCAGGUUUCUGGUUAUGUCAUGUUGGUAUAAGCUUUAUUUUCUGAAUGUAAAACUAUUUUCAUUGUCAUUUCUAAAAAUCCCCUAGGUUUCUGGAUGUUGUAAAAAUGUCGAAUAAAGAUAUGAUUGUGUAAAAAUUUCUUAAUGUUUUAUUUUGAGGUGAGAGUUUUGUUGCAGUUUAUAAAAGCUAUUUUCCUAUUUAGACCUCAGGGCUAUUUGGGGACCUGCAAAUAAAUGUGACCCCAGCAGUUGCAAUUCUCGAUAUCCAAAUGGUUAAUCAUCUUUAAGUUAAAUAGGAUAUAUUAUUCAGCAGAAAGAAUGCGUCUUUUCUUUUUAACUUCUAACAAAUUCUGUAUCUAAAGUUUAAAAAGUAUAGCAAAAAGGAUGUGGAUCGUGUAAAAAUGUGGGGAAAUUGUGGCUACAGAAUUAAAAAUCACUUGUGAAAUAAACAGU